AACCACACUUUAGACUUAUUUAUUUAACGCAAACACACCGCGGUGUUAUCCAUCUUUAUAUACACGUUGCGUAUUAGAAUGGUUUGAUCCACGGUGGCUGCUUCUUCCUAACCGUUAGACCGGGAAAGUUUUGAAACAUUUUUUUUUUCAUCAAAACAUGCAACAGUUAGCAGCAGCGGAAGCUAACUAGCCGCUAACUAGCCAUCGCAAACAAACGUUAGUUAUGUGAACCAUACAUUAUAAUUUUUGUAUAAACGAAAUUAACGCAAAGCAGACGUUACUUAACGAUGUGUAGAGUCUGAAUGCACCUUUCGUUUUUAGGAACAUUCUGGAAACAGUCAGCCGUUUGUUAACAUUAUUGAACACUGGCUAACUAUUGGUAACUUGGUGUCUCGAGCGCUAGCUAAAGCAACGUGUCUCAUUUCCGCAUUCAUUUGUCUGCGGAGUGCCAGAGGGCCAUGUUGAAGAUAUCUGGUCUGAACAUUGUGCGUUGAUUGAAUCAGAGACUUCUAUUCAGGCCGCCUAGACGCUGAACUGUACCCCCUGGGAACCAGUUACGUCCCUGAAAUUGAAAGUGUCCAUGACAUAUCAGUUGGCACAAAGAGGGGAUCCGACGAACUCUUUUCUUCCUGCAUAGCCAACGGGCCCUAUAUCAUGAGCUCAGCCAAUGGCAACGACAGCAAAAAAUUCAAAGGUGACGUGCGCAGUCCUGGUGUUCCGUCACGUGUGGUCCACGUACGCAAGCUGCCCAACGACAUAAAUGAGGCUGAAGUUAUCGGCCUGGGACUGCCCUUUGGGAAGGUCACUAAUUUGCUGAUGCUGAAGGGGAAAAACCAGGCAUUCUUAGAAAUGACCAGCGAGGAGUGUGCACAGACGAUGGUGAGCUACUACUCCUCUGUAACCCCCGUCAUCAGAAACCACCCCAUCUACAUGCAAUACUCGACUCAUAAGGAGCUGAAGACCGACAACUCCCCCAACCAAGUGCGUGCUCAGGCAGCUCUGCAGGCAGUCAAUGCUCUGCAUGGCGGUGGGAUGGGGGGCAUGGCCAUUCCAGCAGAUGUGGCUAGCAUGGGAGGAGGAGGAGGAGGAGGAGGAGGAUUAGGCUCCCAGAGCCCUGUACUCAGAGUCAUUGUGGAAAACCUCUUCUACCCCGUCACCCUGGAUGUACUUCACCAGAUUUUCUCUAAGUUCGGCACUGUGCUGAAGAUCAUCACAUUCACCAAGAACAACCAAUUCCAGGCUCUGAUCCAGUAUGCCGAUGGCAUGACGGCUCAGCACGCCAAACUGUCUCUGGAUGGACAGAACAUCUACAAUGCCUGCUGUACCCUGAGAAUCAGCUUCUCCAAGCUCACCAGCCUCAAUGUCAAGUACAACAACGACAAGAGCCGGGAUUACACCCGUCCAGAUCUCCCCACUGCAGACUCACAGGCCUCGCUGGACCACCAGACCAUGGCAGCUGCUGCAUUUGCUGCACCGGGCCUGAUCUCAGCCUCUCCUUAUGGUGCAGCUCAUGGCUUCCCUCAAGCCUUCGCCAUCCAGCAGUCAGGGUUGUCAAUGCCCGGUAUGCCUGGUGCCCUGGCGUCCCUGGGCGUGAGCCACGGCGGCAUGGCUGCUGCCGCGGCAGCCGCUAGCCGGCUCGGCCUGACCGGGUUCGGUGCCGCUGUGGGACACCAUGUGUUGUUGGUCAGCAAUCUGAACCCUGAGAGCGUUACGCCACACUGCCUCUUUAUUCUUUUCGGUGUGUACGGCGACGUGAUGAGAGUGAAGAUCCUGUUUAAUAAAAAGGAGAACGCUCUGAUCCAGAUGUCUGAUAGCACUCAGGCUCAGCUAGCUAUGAGCCACCUGAACGGUCAGCGUCUUCAUGGCCGGGCCAUGCGCGUGACGUCAUCCAAACACACCACAGUGCAGCUGCCCAGAGAAGGCCACGAGGACCAGGGUCUCACAAAGGACUACGGCAACUCCCCGCUGCACCGCUUCAAGAAGCCCGGCUCCAAAAAUUACUCCAACAUCUUCCCACCCUCGGCAACACUCCACCUCUCCAACAUACCGCCUUCUGUGGUGGAGGACGACCUCCAGAGGCUUUUUGCCAGCUCAGGAGCUACAGUCAAGGCCUUCAAGUUCUUUCAGAAAGACCGCAAGAUGGCCCUGAUCCAGAUGGGCUCAGUCGAGGAGGCAAUUGAGUGCCUCAUUGAGUUCCACAACCAUGAUCUUGGAGAGAACCACCACCUCAGAGUGUCCUUCUCAAAGUCCACCAUCUGAGUGCCGUUCCUCCCUCCCUCCAAGUGUAGCGCCAUCUGAAUGCUCUUGUCACGGUUGCCUUCAGUGGAGAUGGCCACCGUUACAUCUUGAUGGCUGUGGUUCUUUGUAGACUGUUGCUCCCGUCACCAUUCUUAAUCAUUCCCCUCGUUAAUAGGUUUUGGUAUCACAUUUAAUCUAUUGUGCUUCCGAUUCCUGGUUCCAAUUUUUGUCAUACGUUACCAAAAUAUGUUAACAAUCAAACCAUAUUUUCUUUUUGAUUUACGAUGUCGAAAAACUGUUAAUUCACCAUUAAAAUACAUGGUAUUUUACAUUAACACGUAAACAAAUGUGAAUAUUUUCUCAUGCCACACACAGAUUGGUUGUUGGCGGUUUUACACUAGUCUGUAUUUGAGUUGGUCCUGCUGACAUCAGCGGACUCUGGGCAUUGUGAUUUGGACCGAGGACCUCUAAAAACAUGCGUUCUUGUGGCGUGCCGCAAGUUGGACAGACUUCUCCACGGGAGGAAGCCGUGCCGCUUGUGAUUACAGUUCCCUGUAUCACUGCUCUCUUUUGUUCCGCUUGUAAGCGGUAGGUCCCGCCCGUAAUGAUGUAAACACUAUUCACAUGCAGUGUGACAGACGAUGUAAACGAGUGGGUCACAAUUUGGCUCAGGAACCGGUAAAUAGAAUCGAAGCACAUUUCUGUUUCCAGGUCAGGACCGGUUCUUUGUACCCAAACCAUCAAAUUCAAUCUGUUCCAUCAUUUAGUUCUUAAGUGGGGGUCCUGUGAGGGGGGCAACAUUCUGCAAUGAAACGUGUUAUACUGGAGGUGAAGUAGAGGCAGCCCAUGAACUGUCACUUUAGACCAAAUCGCUUAAAAAAAAAAAAAAAAAGUUGAAAAAAAACCUUCCACCACAGAUGCUCAUGUGGAUGAAUCGUAUCCACACAAGACACACUUCAGCAUUCCUUUUAUUGUGAUAGUCAUGUGGAUAUAUCUGUGUGUGUGUGUGUGUGUGUGCGUGUCUUUUUGAAAUGCCACUUUGACCCUGUUUGGCCAGUCAGAAACGGUUCGAUACGAAAGGAUUUUGUUUUGGCCCACAGACCACCAAACAAUUAAUAUCCCAGUAUCUCUUUUGAUUUUAUCUUCUUGUAACUACCCGCUUAAUUGCUUCGGGCGAUCCAUACCACUAUCUGGAGUCAUUCGAUAAGGAUGCAUUUUUCUUACAUCUGUAUCUACAGUCUUGUGCCUUCCUUUACCCCAAACCAGAUUGCCUUAAGCAUCGCUCUGGCUUUAUUUGGAGAAGACGUGGCUCUCAAAAUGCCUUUUUCAUGCCUUGUGGUAUGUACCAGCAUUGUUAAAAUAUGGGGAUGGGGGGGUGAAAGUGGCUCAUUCAAACUUCAGUUUCAUCUUAAAACACAAUUGUUUUUUUCCUAAAGAUUUGUAUGCAUAUCCCCAUUAUAUGUCUGUAGAAGCUAUGAAUGUAUGUCAGUUAGGUGCCUAAUAUCCUCGCUAGGUGAUGUAGCUCUGUUAGGUGUUGUUUUGUGGCAGGAGGCCGAGCUGUAGCCGGCCUUCCUGUCUUCCAGUCCCCAUCCACCUCCACGUAGUCCUUCCUCAGGCAGGGCCGUGGUGUUUGGGGCGUCAUUUAACCAUAUUAUGUUCAUCUAUACGUGGACGCCUAUAUAUUCAUUUAUCUUUUCUUUUAAUGUUAGUAUUUUCAUGUGUAUCACUGCUACGCUUCUCUGAUACCUAUACGUAGUGGCUGGGUUUGAUCAUUAUCGCAGUGCCUUGAGUUUUUAAUCUGAGGCCGAAGCAUUUUGCGGCCCGGUCGGUUGACUUUGUUUACCUCUCGUUCAGGUGUUUUUAUCUUUCCGGUCUCUGAAGAUGCCUUUAUCCCAUUACUUGCAGGUAAACCUACCUGUGAGAGAGCAGCUUGGAGUCAUUUGUCAACUGAAAGUAACAACAGUCUUGGAUUGUGUUUAAAACGAAUCCUAAACCCAGUAUAUAUAUAUAUAUAUAUUUUUUUUUUUUUCUUAAAUUCAGAAUAACAGGAUUACAUGGUGGGUUAGCCCUCACCCGCUCCGGUCUGUCUCCACCUCUACGCCACAGCCCGGUUCUUUAGUGCACUUUUCCUCAACGAUCGGUCCAAGUUGGCGCCAUCACGCUGAAGUCUUAAAACGUCGUCUCAUUCCUGCGUGCCUCGAGCACCGGUCUCCACAGCCUCGACCACUGUAGUUUUGGACCAGAUGCAGAUUCACUUCUGUCUCUAUUUUUGUAAAAGAUUAUUAUGCAUGGUUUAACGAAGCUUCAUGUAGCUACAGGUGGUAAUUGCUGUUAAGGACCAAAGUAUCUUCUACCCCUGCUGUUAUGUAGUGUUGUGAUUUCUAAAAAAAAAAUUUUUUUCCCUCACAUUUCCACAAGUACACAAGGCUUCAGUUUCCUUUUCUGUCUGUUUCUCAGAUGCCUUGGACAAUUGUCACAUGAAGUUAAAGUAUGUUUGGGUAAUCAGUCUAUACUGUAUAUUGUGUCCCUUUUUUUUUUUUUUUUUUUUUGGAUUGACAUUACAAAGGGUCUACUUUGGUAGUUUGCUUUAGUACGGAUGCUUAAUUGAACCACAGUCCUAGCUGUGCUGUUGAUGGUGUAGAAGAUUAUAUGCCUUUCUUUUUUCUUUUUUUUGUUAAAGCUUUUAUGUUCCUCCUCUUUUAUAUGGGCGCGGGUGGGGUUAUUGUAUGAAGCGGGAUUGAUGGUUGUAUAUAUUCAUGUUUUUGUACCACAAUCAUUUGGAUUAUAUCCACUUUACGUUCAAAACAUGUAUAUUUUGAUAAAACAAUACAGACCUAUUAAGCUCUGCCGAGCUGUAAUAACAAAAAAAAACUUUUGUAACAAAGACAUUAAACCUAUCUGAACACAGAAGUGUCUCUGUAUGUGCCCCCCCCUUUGCCAUUCUGUUCUUGUCUCUUGCAUCUUCUGCUGCCUUCAAUAAAUCUUUAGUUUGUUCCUCCUU